ACUCAGCGCCCGUGAUGAGAAAUUAGUAGCUGCGCUGCUUUACUAGCAUUUGAUCUUGCAAAAUAACGUUUAUAAGUAUAAAUAAAAGAAUUAUUACUAAUGACAGGCAUAAGGUUAGAAGACUGAAACGGAAUCGACGUAGUUUCGGCCCUAACGAAUCUUGUAUCAUGUCGGAAGUGGAGGACCUGGUAGGCUUUUGUACACUUCUGCUGUCAAAUGACAGGAUACACAGAGCACUGUGUAAUACUGGAAGAAAACCAAGUGAAGAGUCAACAGAUGACUCUGAGGAGGAGGACACUGAGGAGGAGCCUAAACUGAAGUACGAGCGGCUGACCAAUGGCGUGACAGAGAUCCUACAGAAGGACGCAGCCAGCUGCAUGACUGUGCAUGACAAGUUCCUGGCUCUCGGGACACACUUUGGGAAGGUUUACCUGCUGGACAUCCAAGGAAAUGUUACACAGAAGUUUGAAAUUAGUCCAGUGAAGAUAAACCAUAUUAGUUUGGAUGAGAGUGGGGAGCAUGUUGGCGUCUGCUCUGAAGAUGGAAAGGUGCAAGUGUUCGGCUUGUACACCAGGGAGGGCUUCCACGAAAACUUUGACUGUCCCAUCAAGGUCGUGGCGCUGCACCCUCAGUUCAGCAAGUCCAACAAUAAACAGUUUGUGACUGGAGGAAAUAAGCUGUUGCUUUAUGAGAGGAACUGGCUAAACCGCUGGAAGACCUCUACUCUACAUGAAGGAGAGGGAAACAUCACCAAUGUGAAAUGGAGAGCCAACCUCAUCGCCUGGGCAAACAAUGUUGGUGUGAAAAUCUAUGACAUUGGCACCAAACAGCGCAUCACUAACGUGUUGCGGGACAACACCAGUCUGAGGCCGGAUAUGUACCCCUGUAGUCUGUGCUGGAAAGACAACACUACACUGAUCAUCGGCUGGGGCUCUUCUGUCAAGAUAUGUGCUGUUAAAGAGCGUGACCCAGCAGAGAUGAGAGAUCUACCCAGUCGCUACGUUGAGAUCGUCUCUGCAUUUGAGACGGAGUUCUUCAUCAGCGGACUGUCGCCUCUAGCAGAUCAGCUGGUCACUCUGUAUUAUGUCAAAGAAAACUCGGAUCACAUGGAGGAGGAGUUCAGGACACGGCCACGUUUGGACAUCAUUCAGCCGUUACCAGAGGGUUGUGAGGAGAUCUCAUCUGAUGCUCUCACUGUACGCAACUUCCAAGAGAACCAAUGCAGGGACUACAGACUCGAACACUCUGAGGGUGAAUCUCUGUUCUACAUUAUCAGCCCUAAAGACAUCGUAGUGGCUAAGGAAAGAGAUCAGGAUGAUCACAUUGACUGGCUGCUGGAGAAGAAAAAAUAUGAGGAAGCACUGAUGGCUGCAGAGAUCAGCUUUAAAAACAUAAAACGCCACGACGUUCAAAAAAUUGGAAUGUCGUACAUCAAUCAUCUGGUGGAGAGACGGGAUUAUGAUGCAGCCGCCAGAAAAUGUCAAAAAGUGUUGGGAAAGAACAUGGAUCUCUGGGAGAAUGAGGUGUACAGAUUUAAAACCAUCGGACAGUUGAAGGCCAUCAGCCGGUACUUACCAAGAGGAGACCUUCGACUCCGGCCAGCCAUUUAUGAGAUGAUCCUGCAUGAGUUCCUCAAGACUGACUAUGAAGGUUUUGCCACGUUGAUUCGUGAGUGGCCUGGUGAACUGUAUAACAACAUGGCCAUAAUUCAGGCAGUGAAUGAACACCUGAAGAAAGACCCCAGUAACCGCACACUCCUCACAACACUGGCUGAACUAUACACGUAUGACCAACGGUACGACCGCGCUCUGGAGAUCUAUCUGCGACUCAGACACAAAGACGUUUACCAGCUCAUUCACAAACACAACCUGUUCUCCUCCAUCAACGACAAGAUUGUCCUGCUCAUGGAUUUCGACAAAGAGAAAGCUGUUGACAUGCUGCUGGAUAAUGAAGACAAAAUAUCGAUGGACAAAGUAGUGGAUGAGUUAAAAGACAGACCAGAGCUCUUACACGUCUAUCUGCACAAGCUGUUUAAGCGAGACCACCAUAAGGGUCAGAAGUACCACGAGAGGCAGAUCAGUCUGUAUGCAGAGUUUGAUCGACCCAACCUGCUGCCCUUCCUCAGAGAGAGCAUGCACUGCCCGCUAGAGAAGGCUUUGGAGAUCUGUCAACAGAGGCACUUUGUGGAAGAAACAGUCUUCCUGCUCAGCCGUAUGGGAAACUGCAGACGUGCCCUGCAGAUGAUCAUGGAGGAGCUGGCCGACGUGGACAAGGCCAUUGAGUUCGCCAAAGAGCAGGAUGACCGAGAACUCUGGGAGGAUCUCAUCUCUUACUCUAUAGACAAACCACCAUUUAUCACCGGCCUCCUGAAUAACAUCGGCACACAUGUGGAUCCCAUUCUACUCAUUCACCGGAUUAAAGAAGGAAUGGAGAUUCCCAAUCUUAGGGACUCACUGGUCAAGAUCCUACAGGACUAUAAUCUACAGAUUUUGCUGAGAGAGGGUUGUAAGAAGAUCCUGGUGGCGGAUUCUCUGUCUCUGCUGCAGAGGAUGCACAGAACACAGAAGAGAGGAGUGCGGGUGGACGAGGAAAACAUCUGUGAAUCCUGCCACACUCCUGUUCUACCAUCAGACACAGCUCAGGCAUUCAGUGUGGUGGUCUUUCACUGCAGACACAUGUUCCAUAAGGAGUGUCUUCCAUCCCCUGGAACCGUUCCAGGCAUGCAGUAUUGUAACAUCUGCAGUGCGAAGCGGAGAGGACCAGGCAGUGGCAUACUGGACAUGAAGAAAUAAUCAUUCCUGCUGAUAAAUAUUAAAUUAUACAUAAAUCUACCCCAGGCUGUUAAAAACAAACAUGGAAAUGAGCUUCUGCUUACUUAUGUUUCGUAAUGCAUGGUUUUGCCCUUCAUGCCAGGCUGUAUUCUGAAAUAAACUGUACUAAUAAACACUUCAGAAAUGUU